AAACCGACCCGCACAGUGAUGUUCUAAAUAACAAGAAGAUACAAAUGCUUCCCAUUUCUGACUUCAGGAUCCUCGGAGUUGGUCCCAGGCUCGUGCAGUACGCGGUCAAGGUGUCAGUGCAGACGACUCAGCUCUUCUUCACCCUAAUGAGAAUAGACGCAGCGUCUCACAUCCUGCUCCAGAAUCCGCCCGGCCUCCCCAGUAUCGCUGUCGCGUGGCUGAUCUGCCGUCUGAGAGGAAGCCAACUGGUCAUUGACUGGCACAACUACGGCUAUUCAAUAAUGAGCCUGACGAAUGGGCCCGGACACCCUAUUGUGCGCAUCGCACACUGGUAUGAACGUUUCUUUGGACGCCUGUCUGAUUACAAUUUUUGCGUAACAAAUGCAAUGAAGGAAGAUUUGUUGCGGAAUUGGAGGAUUAAGGCCGUCACACUGUACGAUAAACCAGCUGCUGUAUUUCAAGAGACCCCUCUAAGGCUGCAGCAUAAAUUAUUCAUGAAACUCGCUGAGGAUUAUGCUCCUUUUAAAGCUCCGUUACAAUGUACAGAUCCAGACAUCGAAAAAUCUGCAUUCACAGAAUUAGACUUGAAAACUGGCGCAGUCUCCCACAGCAGCGAGCUACCGGCAAUAUUAAUUAGCAGUACCAGCUGGACAGAAGAUGAAGACUUCUCUGUGUUACUGAGAGCUUUGCAAGAUUAUGAGAAGUUUAUCACAGACGGAGACGAACUUCCCCGUCUGGUUUGUGUUAUCACAGGCAAAGGCCCCUUAAAGGACUAUUACAGACAGCUGAUCAGUAAGAUUCACUUUGAGCACGUCCAGAUCUGCACCCCAUGGUUACAAGCUGAGGACUAUCCCGUGUUACUGGGCUCGGCUGACCUCGGCGUCUGUCUUCACAAAUCAUCCAGUGGUUUGGACCUUCCUAUGAAAGUGGUGGACAUGUUCGGUUGCUGCCUUCCCGUGUGCGCAAUUAACUUUAAUUGUUUACACGAGCUCGUAAAACAUGAAGAGAACGGAUUGGUUUUUGAAGAUUCUUCUGAGCUUGCGGAACAUUUGAAGACGCUGUUCUCCGGCUUCACCAACACAUCAAGCAAACUGCAUCGGUUCCGACAAAAUCUCCGGGAAUCUAAACAAAUGCGCUGGGAUGAGAGCUGGGACCGGACGGUUCUGCCAGUGAUUAGAGGCAGCUGAGAAAGACCUGGAUUUACUACAAACAUUCCUCAGACAGGCGCACUGUCUGUUUGUUGUAGCUAUGACCUGUCCGAAUAUUCAGUUUGGUUUUUCUUUUGGGACACUGGUGCGUUUAAAUCUUACACCGAUUCCUUUAUACAAGUAAUAUCUGGUGAAGGGGUUUCACGUAUUACACUGCAGGCCACCAAGCCCCUGUGUUACCGUAAAAGCAAAAUGUGACCGACGAUGCAGGAUGAGACCAGCGAUAGCGAAUCACUUCGGGAUACUGUAGGGAGGUGGAAUUGUCCACAUUGGGUGUUAAUAAAACCGGGACUAUGGGUGCAACAACCUGUUUAUAUCAGUUUACGCUGCUUUGUAGUUAAACAAAAUAUAUCUGCUUGUUUUAUCGCCACCAGCGCAUACCGACAUCUGUAUAAUAUAAAAGGUCAGUACUCUAAAUGAAUAAUGACGUGAAUAUACGUCUGCUGGUCAUUAAUAACUGUUACACUCACAAAUAGCGGAGCGAUAGGAGUUAAUAUAUCUUGUAAAUUAAACCCCAGGCUGUCACUUGCAGAUUGUGUACAAGAGUCAGUAAUACAUUUCCUGGCGUCAGUGUCACUGAUCAAUGUCCCCUAGACAAGAUAUUGAUAGAUUGUGUGCAGAAGUAUCUGAUGCCCUAGAACAGCAAGUCCUGGUCACAUGAUGUUAUUGUCAUAUCACAAAUAAAAGAACGAUGUCAGCGUAUCUAGUUAUUUACCGACCCGUCAAUGCUCAGUAAAGGACGAGUAGAUUCUCUCAGACUGAAUGACAGGGGAUAAUAUACAUACGGUGUCAUCUGACCGACCUGAUUACCGUGCGUCUCCUGAUGCUCUGACGCAUCCUCACCAAAAGCUUGUUGUUUAUAUACUUUGUGUGCGGUUUAUACCGAGGCUCAACUAGAUCUUUAUAAUCUCCUGGGAUCCCCUUUUCCUAUUAUUGUUGUGAGUUGUGUAAGGGAUCUGCCUUUAGAAACUACAGACUCCUUUUAGGGCAUUUAAUACAAGUAGACAAAGUAUUUACUGUCACUGGCCCCCGAGGUUAGAGAGGAGCCUUAAUAAUCUCACACUGGCAAAAGGGAGCAUGUAAUGCACUACUGGGACCUACAGGAACACAUCUGGAGAACCAAUUAGAAGAUGCAUAUGUGAGUAGCCACCAAUCACCAGCUAAUAAAGAAUACCGAUAGAUAAAGUAAAUUUCUAUUAAAGGGGCAUUCUGAUCAAAAUGUAAAUGCACAGAUUAAUUACAUAUUUGUAUAGAAACAUAUUUUUAAUAUACUGUACAUGUAUUGGCAAAAAGGCUUCUAAUAAACGUUAUCACUGUUUUAGUGUUAGCAUUUGUCUCUGCACGUGCACAUGAUGCAUAGCUAGAUAUUGCCACUGCACCCCCAUAUUAAAUACUGCAGGUGCUCAGCGCAUCAGUGGGGCUUGUAUCAUCUCAGCAAUGAACAAAUUGAGUCGUUACCAGAUGGGACAGGCGCCUUAGGCUCUCUCAGCAAGUGCCGUGUAUAAAAUCCUGGUGCACGGAGCAUACUUAAAUACACAUUUGAUACAGCUAUAGCUUUUAUUAGAAGCAUUUUAGCUAAUACAUUUAUAUUAUAAAAAUGCUUCUAUUCAAAACUGAAAUGCACCCAACGUGUAAUUGUGACUUUGUUUCUUUAAACAAUUUAUUAGAAAAAACGGAACUGAAGUUUUUAUGUGAAAGGGAAUCUGCUGAUUUUGUAUUUUUCAUAUAAAUAUUUGAAUAAAUUAUUUUGUGCAGAGGG